AUGGCCAACACCAGCACCAACAUCGACAUCAGCACCAUCAUGGACCCACCAACAACAACCACGGAGCAGAAUGCGUCCACCAAUAACCAGCACUCCUCUCUGUCGGCGCAGCCCGAUAAGGGAGGAUAUGACUAUUCGAAUAUCGAUCCUCAACUCCUCGCUAUUUCGGCGCAGCCUGAUAAAGGAGAACAUAAUUACUCGAAUAUCGAUCCUGCGAUCCUUGCCAAUAUAGGAGAAUAUGACCCUUCGAAUGUCGAUCCUGAAAUCCUCACCAUGUUUGACCAGUCCAAUAAAGGAGAAGAGGACGACUCGAAUGUCGAUCCUGAAAUCCUCGCCAUGCUUGAGGAGGCCAACCAAGCCUUCAAGGAAGGCCUGGAGGAACAGGCAGCAUGCGACCUGGAGGCUGACCUGGACUUUGAUGAUGCGCUGGACCGGGAGUUUCAACUGGCCUUCGCAGUCCUGGAUGAAGAAGAGCCUGGUUGGGACGACCCGGUUUGGUCGGAUCGUUCCGGAGCGAAUUCUCGGGCAUCUUUCCGCAGUUUCGACUUCGAACAUCUCCCGGGUGAGUACCGAUAUAACGACGACGACGACGCUCGAUCUGAAGGGUCGAACGGCUCGUUGUACCGCGAGAAGAUCCCUCCGGUCGGCAUGCGUCCAAUCCUGCAACCGAAGUCUCGCGUCAGGGCUACGCCGGCAGAGAAGGCUGCUGCUGCAAUGAUGCCAUUCACUGUUAGCAACCCGGCGGAUGUCCCGAACAUCUCCUUCCCAUCCAACCCCUAUUGGGGUGGAGCUCCAAUUCCCUCGUCUGGCCAACAGACUCUAACGUUUAUGGGCGUGACAACUUCAGUUCCAGUGCUCUCAGACGCCGCCAAUAUGGAGUUAGUCAACAACACCGUGGUCAACAACACCGUGGUCAACAACACUGUGAUUAACAACCCUGUGGCUGUGACCGAUACCGUUCAGGAGUGCUCUACUGAAAAAGAUCGGGCACUGGUGGGACUGGCAAUGCAAGAGCUCAAUACCGCCACACAUAAGCUGAUCGCCGCUGACGUGCACAGCGCUGCUCUGGAGACCAAUAUCAGAAGAUUGGAAGAGGCCCGCAAGGAAUCGGAUCUGAAGAUUGCAGAUUUGGAAACACGGCUUUCAGAGAAGCUGGACUCGGUUACCGGCACUCACAUGGCCGCGACGAAAGAACUACAGAUCUGCCGCAACGCACUCGCCGCAUCGCAGCAGUCCUGCAACGCCAUGAACAAAGAGAACGGCGAACUCAAGCGCCAAGUCUCCGAGAUCGCCAAUGCAGCGAACAGUCUCGACAAAGAGAGCAACGAAAUUCGCUACCAAGUCACCGAACUCGCAAAUAAGGUCUCCUUUGUCAACGGAGAGCUGGACACCCGCACCCGAGAGCGAGAUUUUGCGGUACAAAAGCUCGGGGAGGCCCAGGCGCACAUCGAUGAAGCCGUUGCUGCCAACAACUACCAUCGCCAACAGAUCGCGAUCAUGGAAAACAACGCUGCGGCCAAGGAGAUCGAGGUCAAUACCCUCAUGACGGCCUUGACGAUGGCAGAAACCGAGAAGCAGGAUUUGGCACGCAAAGCCCAAGAAAAAGAGGAAAAUGUGGCGGCCAGGGAGGUCGAGGUCACGACCCUCAUGACAGCCUUGACGAAGGCAGAAUCCGAGAAGCAGGAUUUGGCACGUAAGGCCCAAGAAAAAGAGGACAAGGCCAAAGGCCUAAUAAUACCGAAGGAGGAAAAGGCCGAACUAUCCAAGACUGAGCAACAUUGGAAGGACCAAUACGAUGCAGAAGCUAAGCAUACGGCUGUAUUGGAGAGGAAUAUUCAGGGCUUCGAGCAAGACUAUUACGAUAUGCAAGGACAAUACAAAACCGCCAAUAUCAGAGUCUCCCAACUCACAGAUACGGUUGCCGAGAUGAAGGCCGUGGCACAACACAAGGAAUACGAGAUCUCCGAGCUCACACAUAAAGUCACAAAACUCAGCAAUGACCUCGGAGAGUUGGAAUCAUCCACGAAGACCGAAAGCGUCAACCAUCACGCCAAAGUCGAAAAGUUGAAAAAAGACAUUGGGGUUGCUAUCCGCGAGAAGAACUACAUUGAUGGACUGCUCACUGAAGCCAAUGAUGAAUGCACCUCCCUCAAUAGAGCCAAUAUCCGGCACAAGAAGAAGAUUAAUGAUCUGGAUGAGGCAUUGAGAAAGGAGAAAGCCACGACCUCCAGGCUCCAGGAACAGGUGAAGAAUGAACGCAACAGCUCCGACGACGCGUUGCAUGUUUCACGCAUCGCGGCUGUUCACAGGGCUCAGCGCACUCAUGGAUUUCCUCGCCCUCCACGCGAUGAUAGACACUUGAUCCCAACUCUGGAUGAGCAGUUGGCUGCCUGGAAGGAGGACAAGAGAGAUUCCGAGAAGUUUAUGGAAGAUCAUCGUCGGAUGCUCAAGGAAAAGCCUAUGACGCCCCUGAGACCAAUCACCAAACCCAAAGACUCUUCCACUGAUACAGUUGGGCCAUCAGAGUCUCACAAGAAAGCUCCCAGCGUAUCCGAAGGAUCUUCCACUGCUGGAGUUGGUCCUCAUGAAGAGACUGCUAGCAACUUUGACGACUCUUCCGUUACUGCCGUUGAACCAUCCGUGUCCAGCGACGAGACCGACAGCGAACUCGAAGAUUCUUCCGACACUGAAAAUGAAUCAUACGCCAGCAAAUCCAAGAAGUUAUCCGCUAUCCUCACUCGCCGACCAAAGAAAGAUGUCAAAUAUGUCGAACAACUUUUCUAUGUCGACAAAGAGGUCAUCGUCGACAAGAUUAUCGAACACACUGUUCACCAAGUCCGCAGCCCCAUCUUGGCCUUUUUAUUUGUCUACGUCGACCUGUGGACCAUUUUCUCCCACUCAUACCCCAAUUUCGCGGCAUUCAUAGGCCGCCUCAAUCCUGUCAACAUCGUUCGUCGCCCUUUCGCCGCUUUCGCGCGCGCCUUCCCAAAGUUUACGGGAUUCCUAGGACGCCUCAAUCCCAUCAACAUUGUUGGUUACCUUUCCUCUUUUUUUGCGCACUACUUCCCAAAUUUUGGGUCAUUCAUCCGACGCCUUCCUAUCAACAUCGCUGGCCGCCUUUCCUCUAUUUUCGCGCACUACUUCCCAAGUUUUGCGGCAUUCAUCCAACGCUUCCAUUCUGUCAACACCGCUGGCUGGCUUUCCUCUGGUAUCCUCUCCAACAUCAGUCGCCUUAUCUGCAUUAACACCAAAUCCUCCAAGUCUGCCACCACCAGACUCACGGAUAUCGACAUUGAAUCCCAAACCAAGGAGCCCACCGUUAUAGGCCUCGAAUCCCAAGUCGAGAACAUCACUGAGCCCGACACCCACCCUAAGGUCAUCCACAGACUCCCACCCCUCUGGCCGAACCUCCUCACGGCAAUCCUGCAAAUCCUCACGAUCUACAUUCUCUACCAAAGCUACCUCAUCUACGGCCAGCGCAGCAUCUGGCUCACGGGCAACGAAAUCACCCGCAGCACCGUUUCGCGCUUCUGGGGCCGUGAGCCUGGGUACUUUGGCGUUUCUAUUAGGCCCAGUAAUUGGUACAUACUUAAGAAGAUUUGUUUCUGGAUGAUUCGGGGCACGGGGUACUCUUACGCACUUCCGGGAUAAAGGGGUGGGAUGGCCGGAUGCGUGGGGGGGUUGUUCUUUGUUUUGUGGCACACGCUGGGAAUCGGAUUACUGGGAUAGAUUGUGUUGUGGGAUGUGCCUGCAUAUUGUGCAUGUUGUUACAUGAAUUCAAAUAAAAG